AUGCCGUCGCCGAAGAUUAAUCGGAAAGGGAGCAACGAGAAGAACAAGAAGGGAAGGUUAUCUGAAAAGGCAUCGUCGUUUCAUGGGAAAAACAGCGGUGUAGUGGAGGAGAUGCUGCCGAGGCCAAGAACGGUGACGGAGUUACUGGUUAGGAAAAAAGAUGUUGUGAGUUCAACUGAAUUGGGGUUGGCGCAGGGGAAGCCGACGCUUACGAAGCUGCUUCUUAAUGUCACGAUACAGAGAAGCCUCGGAGCCGUACAGGUGUUGAUGUCGCCGGAUGCAACGGUGGAUGACUUGAUUACGGCGGCUCUACGGCAGUAUGUGAAGGAAGGCCGGCGACCUAUUAUCUCCUCCGCCGAUUCAUCCGGCUUCGAUCUCCAUUAUUCUCAGUUUAGCUUAGAAAGUUUGGAUGGGAAGGAGAAGCUUAUGUCGUUGGGGUCAAGGAAUUUCUUUCUGUGCCCAAAGAUGAUGAAGGCAGCAGCGUCCCCAGAAAGUGGCAGCGCCGCCGUGACCAUGGCGGCCUCUUCCAGCUGUUCAAAGGAAGCUGAUGAUGAGGCUAUCAAGAAAUGGUUGCCUUGGCUCAAAUUCUGA